AUGAGCUACGUGGGCGAGACAAAGGACCGGCUGCGGCAUGGCCAAGGCACGUACACGUUCCCGGGCGGCUACUUCAAGUACACGGGGACCUGGUCCCGCGGCAAGAUGCACGGCCAUGGCAUCUUCUUUCUCGGCGAUGGCAGCACGUACGAAGGUGCUUUUGAGCAGGGCGAGAUGUCUGGUACGGGGCUGCGGCGCUGGCCUGACGGGUCGACGUACGCGGGCAGCUUUUGCCUCGGCGAACUCGACGGCCACGGCAGCUUUCUCUCGACCAAUGGGAAACGCUACGAAGGUGCUUGGCGCGGCAAUCAGUACUGCGGCCACGGCGAGCUCUGGGACGUCGACGGUUCCCACUACGUUGGCGACUUUGAAGCCCACAAGUUUCACGGCGAAGGCCGCAAGACAUUCCCCGACGAGAGCACGUACGACGGGUUUUGGGCCAACGGACGUCAAGAUGGCCUCGAUCGCUCGUGUGGCCUCGUGAUCUCCCGACUCGGGUCGGACUAUACGACCGUGGACCCGGCGCCGUUGGUGUUUCGAGAGGACAAGCCGACUGAGCCUGUGCCGCCGAGCGACGAUAGCAGCGUCGAAGCGCCGCCGCCGCCCGAGCCCAAGCGACUGCCGGCGUUUCGCAUCGACUGCAUCGACGCACCGGUUCAAGCGCGCACGACCAACCAAGCGGGGACGUGUGUCGUCGAGGAGUCGGGGCGGCAACUGCGCAUGCUGCUUUUCGCUGGCAAAGUUCCCGGCGCGACCGAGCCCGACGUGGUGGCCGAGGUGCCGAGAGGAAAGAAGCCGCCCGCGGUCGUCGCGCCGCCCCCGACCGACGACAAGACACCGAUCGACGAGCACGCGAUGGUGACCGAACACGGCGGCACGCUGGUGCCAGCCAUCUUUGCGUUGCCGAUCGGCCUCGCGCCGGGCGACUAUUUCGUGUUUGUCGAGAGCGCGCUCGACACGUCCAUGCCGCCAGCCUACUACCCGAUUACACUUGCGAAAUUGGACGAUCCGUCGGACAAAUCGUCGUUCAAGAACGCGCCCAAGAAGAAAUAA